AUGCAUUUGAAAAAAUAGGAUUAAGUAUACUAAGAUAACAACAAAGCAAAUAAAUUAGAAGCUGACAUAAAAUCUGAUUAUUCAUUAGCAUCUCACAAAUCUUAAUUUAAUUAAAGUUUAAUUUAGAAAUACAAAAUUCAUAACAAAAAUUAAUCAAAUAGCUAUGAUAAUGAUUUGAAAAAGCUUUUUGAGCAAAUAAUAGACUACAGCAAUAAAAAAUUCAUUGAAUUAUAUUAUGAAAUUUAGCAUUAAAUAUAUUUAAAUGAAGAAAAAUAAAAAGCAAAGAAUAAGAAAAAAAUUACCAAAAACCCUUUCUUAUUUAGUGAUGAUGACUAUCAAAAAAAAGAAGAGUAGUUAAAUAAAAUCAUGAAAACUGUUGAUAAGUUUGGUGUAGAUAGGUGUUAAGUUUAGGAAACAAUAAACCCAGUUCUUUAAACUGAGACAAUGAGUAUCAAUUUUAAAGAAAAUAAGGUAUUGAAAACUAUUACAUAUUCAAUAUUAUAUCGUAGCAUUUGCUAGUAAGAGCUAGAGAGUGCAAAGAAGUUUAUUUACAAGAUUUUAGGCUAUAUCAACCCUAAAUCAAAAGGAUUUGAAUCUGAAAAUUUUCUUCUCAGGCAAAUUUUCUUACACUUUUUAUGUAUCUUGUUAACUGAAGCUGAGUAUAAAUAGUAAGCAAUCGCAUUCUUAAAUUAAAUUUUUAGUUUUGAGUUCAUUUCAUCAUUAAUUUUAGAUUACAUGUAGAAUUUAGCCUAAAAAGUACUCAAAUUAAAAAAUGACGAUGAAAAUGGAAUAAAUGAGCAUGUAGAUUGUUUAGCAAAAGGAUAUAACUUAAACUUAUUUUUAAUUGAUUGCAAUCAUAAUGUUAAAAAAUGCAAUUAUAACAAAAAAUAUAAUUUGGGAUCUAAUUUAAUUUUUAUUUAUUUUGAAUAAUCUUUAAACUAAAAACCAAAGUAGGCAAUUUACUUUGUCAUUAAUCCUAAUGACUAGCUACUUGCUUUUAUGUGA